AAUAUCUCAAUAAUACAUUGCUAUGAUCCAGCGCAAACUCGCCUAGAAUUACCGUGACAUUUAAAUAAAGGUAAACAACUUGUUGCUUUCAUCAAAGCUUCAAGAAAUCAUAAAGAAGUCUGACGAUAUCCAAUAUCAAACAAAAGUUUCGUACGCGUAAAGUUGUUUAUUUAGAAGUAGUAGCAUAAAUCUUAAUACACGGAACAAAUAUUUAGAAAAAACAUUAUCAAAAGAACCUCACACAAAACUUAAUGGUUUUUAAUUAAUAUAUUAAUUGACUUCUACAAACGUUCUUUGAAGGUUAUUUUAGUUUUAAAUACACACGAAAAGAGAUCUAUCUCUAGCGUGAAGCAGUCUUCGAUUUGGAGAUAUUAAAUUCUUCAAACAAAAAAGAGCAAUGUUAAUAAUCGUGCGUGGGUUUGCUGGAAUAAUUAAAAUCUUGCUAAUUCUUUGAACACCACUAAUUCGAUUUUAAAUAUUAUGUAAUUAUACAAAGCGCAACGUACAACCAUUUUCGUAAGUGCCAAAUACAGUGCAGUGUCCUAUAAUCCUACUUGAACAAAAAUAUAUUUUAGUGGAGAAUUUAAGUAAAAGGAGCACCGAAUAAGCACCUAGUGGGGCGACCGAAACUAGGAAAGUCCCACGUUUUACCACCGUGCGAUAUCCUAACGUAAUUUUAAAGGUUUUUGAUACACGAUAUUAUUGAUGUACAGUGAUUGAAUUCAGAUAGCAAUUUUUAUCACAUCAGAAGCUGGCGGAAUCAUUAGUGUUAACACUGAGCCUUGAAGGUUUACGAACAGCAAAACAUUAAUAUUGUGUUGUCAUCAGGCUUACAUAAGUCUGCAAAGUUUCAAGUCAAAACGACAUUUAGAUGUGGGUCAAAAUUAUGUUGCAAGAAUUUUACAUACACAUUAGCUAUUUACAUACAAUCCCGACGACCAAUCAAAGAGCAUUGAAUGUACGUGUCAGUUAUCAUCUGCUUCGCUUGGUAAUAUCAGGAUUGCUACUUCGGGUUUUUCCUAAAAAGAAUUGGGCGGGCCGCGUCAUCAAUGUCCUGUAAUGUAAUUCCAAGAGCGAAAAGGUUCGUCCUCGUGAUCUCAAACAAUUGCGCAAUAUCUGGCAUCGACCAUAGGAUACGUCAUAAGGACUUGACUUGUCGCACGCCGAUGAAUACAACGUGACAUAUCCACCUUAUAGCUUCUUCGCAAUUUUCCUGUGGGCUAGAGGUUAUCGUCAGUCGUCAAACAUUUUCAAUUUGUAGUAGCCGUUAGUGUUUUGUGUCGUUUAAUUCGUAGCUGCAAGAAUUUACAUUUUCGUGUUUUCGACCAUUCGAAAAUAAUUGUAAAAAUCGAAAGUAUCAGUGGCAACGACAAUAUAAGAAUUUGGUGAAUUGCUAAGAAUAUUUAAUGUACCUACCUCAUUUUAUAAAAGUGAAUAGAACUCUAUAAUAAAAAUCUUUUCUGCUUUUUUCAAUUCGGUUUUAAUGAAAGUGGUAAUUGAUUUAGUUAGAAAAUUGAAUCAAUAAAUGUAUUUAUCUGAAAAACAGGGCAAUUAUGAAAAAUAAAAUGGGUUUCUAUAAUAGGAACUAAAUUUCUUGGAUGAGACAGUAACAAAGUACAAAUAUACGAAGUUAUUCGUGUUAUUUAUAUUUGCUUCUGACCAAUCAAUUCGUUUCAAGAAGAUUAUAGAGGCAUUGUUUAAACAUUAUUGUUUUACAAUAUAACAUUUUAGGACAAAAAUAAAUAACUGCAUUUUCUAGUCACUACUGCACCAAAAAAAGCAAUUUUUUCAGAAUAUUUUAAGAUAAAUCUGCAUACAAAACGGCAGCGUGCAACCUCAUAUAUAAGCCUUGGUGAUUGUUGCAACACUCUCAGUACGACUCUAGUCGCUUUGCCGCUUGGAGCAGGCGCGUUACACGACGCCGGCCACACGGAGAGGGCGAGAGAGGUUUAACUCGAAAUAACAAAACAACCUAACGCAAUUUUGACAGACAUGUGGACCGAGUGAAUGCAGUGUUCAGUGACGUAACAUUAGUGAACAGCUCAUUAGAGAACAACAAUAAUACAGUGGAGGUGGAACUACGUAAACAAUGGAUACCAAAAGCUCGAUCUCAUCGCACGAGUGGCACAUUCCUCGGCCAUCGUUGUCGGGCAGCAGCGCUGCUGGGAGCUUGAGCGAUUCGCGAUCUCGAGGAGGCUCCGCCUCUAGCCAAGGCUCAUCAAGCAACCACAGUACCCACAGUGUGUCAUCUGGCUCACUGCUAUUGAGCGCAGCGCAUUUAGCGCGAAUGCAUGGCAGAAAUUCAGAGCAAGACGAGCUUGGAAACUACCACACCAAGUUUGGGAGCUAUGGACGUAAAUCUGGACAUUCCGAAGCUGUAGUCGCCAUACCAGAAGAGACCCACGACGGCUUAGAUUCUGUUUGGAAUGGUGUUAAACGGAAUUCAGGGUCAGGGCAGGACGCACAGUCAAUCGCGAGUUCAACACAUUUCACAGUCGUCAAUGGUUACACGAAGCAGCGUUCAGGCAAAGAGACGAAAUCAUGUUGUUGCGAUCAUUCGCAUCAAAUAACAGUAUUGGUAAUAUCAAUGACAAUUCUGUUUUCCGCGUGCAUACUCGCUGCCAUAUGCUUUGUUGAAAUGCGAAUGCGCAAGGAGACCGGAGUUUACAAGUAUUCAUAACUACAAAGGAUACCUACAGGAAAUCUCAUUUAAUGACGGCACAUACCUUAAUCUAAUUACUAUAAUCAUUUAUGUUUGGAACAAGAAAACAUAAAUGUCUAGAUAGAUAUACUUAUUUAAAAAUAUAAUAGAUUGUUUCACAUUUAAUACUAACAGUUAGACCAUAAAAUAGUGCAAUAUCCUACUCACCCAGUGUAUUGUAUUAAAUUAGAACAAUUUAAGUAAAUUCUAUUUAUUUUCGAUAGUCUUAUAACUACUAUUAAGCUGUGAUGUUCAUAUUACGUUUUAAUAAACUGAAGGCUAUAUUGGUUUCCUCUAAAAUUUAUAAAUUAAUAAUUAUGCAUUCAAAUCAGAUAAUACGAUUAAGUUUUGUAUAAAUGUAAUAUUAGGAUUAAAUUAUGAUGUGAUUAAUUUAAAUAAAAACUAAGUAUUACUUACUGUUAUCAGGACUAAAUAAGUUAAAUUUGCAAAUUUUCGUAUGGUCAUGAAAAUGUGCAUCUUUAGUUAAUCAGAUUAUAUUGCCAAUGCAGAAUUAGUUUGUCAUGGGAAUAUUUUGUAACUAGUAACUAGUAAAUUGUGACCAUUAAUCCAGUUUAUAAAAAUAAAUUAAUUAAUUCAAUUGUUAUCGACGAACUGUGAUAAUAAAAGCAAGAAAAACGAAAA